CGCUGCGCGCUCCUGCCUGCCUGCGACAGCACAGCCGCGGUGUGGUCGUUCUGAACGCACGUUAACGGAAAGCAAAACCAGUCCGCACGCAGCGAAGGCCUCUGCCACACCGUAAACCCUGUGCAGUCACAGCGCCGACGGAUAUAAACAAACACGCACAUAUUUUGUCUAAUCUUAGUCGCUCUUUUUUUUUAGUUUUUACAUUUAAAAGCCUUUUAAAAAGCCAGUCCUCGUAAUGGCGACAGCUGCGGUGUCUGCCCCUACUGGCAGCGGCCCCAGCCCCGGGCCGGGAACGGAGCUGGUCCGCGGGCAGGCCUUCGACGUCGGGCCUCGGUACAGCAACCUUUCCUACAUCGGAGAGGGCGCCUACGGAAUGGUGUGCUCCGCCUAUGACCGGGAGACCAAGAUCCGUGUGGCCAUUAAGAAGAUCAGCCCCUUCGAGCACCAGACAUAUUGCCAACGCACCCUGAGAGAGAUCAAAAUCCUUCUGCGCUUCAAGCACGAGAACAUUAUUGGAAUCAACGACAUCAUCCGCGCACCGACCAUCGAACAGAUGAAGGACGUAUAUAUUGUCCAGGAUCUCAUGGAAACAGAUCUGUACAAGCUCCUGAAGACUCAGCACCUGAGCAAUGACCACAUCUGCUACUUCCUCUACCAGAUCCUACGAGGGCUCAAGUAUAUCCACUCUGCCAAUGUACUGCACCGCGAUCUGAAGCCUUCCAACCUUCUGCUCAACACCACCUGUGAUCUCAAGAUCUGUGAUUUUGGUUUGGCUCGUGUGGCUGAUCCUGAUCACGAUCACACCGGUUUCCUCACAGAGUACGUAGCCACUCGUUGGUACCGAGCUCCUGAGAUCAUGCUCAACUCCAAGGGCUAUACCAAGUCCAUAGACAUCUGGUCAGUGGGUUGCAUCCUGGCUGAGAUGCUGUCCAACAGGCCAAUCUUUCCUGGGAAGCAUUACUUGGAUCAGCUGAACCACAUUUUGGGAAUUCUGGGUUCUCCCUCGCAGGAGGAUCUCAACUGCAUCAUCAACAUUAAGGCCAGGAAUUAUCUCUUGUCGCUGCCUUUGCGCUGCAAAGUGCCAUGGAACCGCCUCUUUCCCAAUGCCGAUCCAAAAGCUCUGGACCUGCUGGACAAGAUGUUGACCUUUAACCCUCACAAGAGGAUCGAGGUGGAGGAGGCACUGGCGCACCCAUACCUGGAACAAUACUACGACCCCACAGAUGAGCCUGUUGCUGAGGCCCCGUUUAAAUUUGACAUGGAGCUGGAUGACCUACCCAAAGAGGCACUGAAGGAGCUCAUCUUUCAAGAAACUGCACGUUUCCAGCCCAGCUUUAGGUCCUAACAUCCCACACAGAUGAUUCUGUGGACUGGUUUCUGCGUUGCCACUGCUCCUCCCCGCCUCUACACUGUUUCUGUGAUAUUAUUUUGUUUUGUUCUUUUUGGUUUUUAUUGGUUUUUGUUUGAAUGCUCCUCUCCCAGUGUCCACAUCUCCUGGAUUCCUUGGGUCUCACUCGUCAAGUCCACUUUGCUCAGGAAUGGCGUCAGGAAUCAAUCAAUCAAUCAUCCUCUGUUUCUCUUUCUUUUUCUCGUUCUCUCUCAGAGAUGAGGAGAGGGGAGGGCGGGGUCACAUCACAG